AUGCCUCGAGAAGUAGAACCUUCUAUCAAUGAGAAGCAGUUCUUUUCGAAGGCUCUCAAAGAAAACUUAAGAGUUGAUGGAAGAGGCUUCGAUCAAUUCCGAGCUCUAGAGUUAGAGUUUGGAGAUGAAUAUGGCGUUGCAGAUGUGAGGUUGGGAAAGACGAGAGUUCUCGUCAACAUCACAGCAGAAGUAACGAGUCCAUUCCCAGAUCGUCUCUUCGAUGGCAUCUUCACCAUUACAACGGAACUCUCACCUAUGGCGUCUCCUGCUUUCGAAACCAACCGACCUACUGAACAGGAAGUACUUCUCUCUCGCCUGCUCGAGAAAACCUUACGCCGUUCUGCAGCUCUUGAUACUGAAUCCCUUUGUCUCAUUGCUGGACAGAAAUGCUGGUCCGUCCGUGCAGAUGUUCACAUUCUAUCGCAUGACGGAAAUCUUAUAGAUGCAUCAUGUAUUGCCAUAAUAGCGGCAUUACAGCACUUCAGGAAACCAGAUACGAGCACAGAGGGCGAAACGGUGACUGUCUACACAUUAGCGGAGCGAGAACCUGUGCCUUUGAGCCUUUUGCAUUUCCCACUCUGCGUAACAUUUUCGUUCUAUGGAAAGGGUGAAGAGCAGGCUAGAUUGGUUGACACUACAUUGUUGGAAGAACAACUAAGAGAGGGUAGCUGUACAAUCAGUAUGAAUCGACAUGGAGAAGUUUGUCAAAUUGCCAAGCUUGGUGGUAUAGCAGUCGAUGCUUUGGAGUUGUUACAAUGUACGAAUAUCACGCUGGAGAAGGUCAAGGAUAUAUCUGCAUAUAUCACAAAGAGGUUGCAAGAAGACUUGAAGAAAAGAGACAAGGGAGGACUCAUGGCUGAGCUUAGAGCAGAUAAUUCCAGAUGA